CGCGAAUGCAGAGGGAGGUGCGCGGUGUUCCUAAAUUGCGUGGGUUCUGCCGUGGGAAACUGCGUGGCAGGGUCAGGGCUUGCUGAAGUACGUUGCGAGCGGUGGGUUGACAAAACAAAGUAUGUUUCCUGUCUGGCUGCCCCUCAUGUUCUUUGUGGACACCUAGGACCCUGGAGACAAGUGUAAGCAAGUGAGGGUUGCUGCAAUGGAGGAGUCCGGAGCGUCGACGCCGCGUGGCAAGAGCUGGCGGCGCGAGCGCGAGGGCCGCGAGCGGCGGCUGAAGGAGCGGCGCGGCGAACUGUCGGCGCCGCCAGCCGAGCGGGCGCCGCCGGCCGCGCGCGUCCGCAACAGCGACAGCACCAGCAGCGGCGAGGGCCGGCGGCGAGGCUCGCGCGAGCGCGCCGGCGAUGCCGCCAGCAAGGCGAGCAAGGCGCGUGACGCGGCCGACGCCGAGGCGCGCCGGCGCGCCGACGAGGAGCUGGCCAAGAAACAGGAGGAGGAGGAACGGCACGCCCGCGAGGAGGAGGAGAGGCGCCAGAAGGAGGAGAAGGCACAGCGUGAGAGGGAGGAGCAGGAGCGGCGUGAGGUGGAGCUCGAGGAGCAGCGGAAGCAGGAGGAGCAGGGGUUCCUGAACAGCUACAUUAUAGAGACGGAGGAGCGCAUGGCCACCAAGGCGGAGCUAAGGGAGGCCAACCUGGCGGCGGCCACGGAGCGGCAGGAGGUGUCGUUUUCCGCACUGGACUCGAGCCUGAAGAAGAACACGGCGUUCGUCAGGAAGCUCAAGACGUUCACCGAGUCGCAGAAGGACAGUGUGAUCAAGGAGAUGCUGGCCCUGAACCUGACCAAGUACAUCAGCGAGGUGGCGUCGGCGCUGGUUGAGGUGAAGCUUAAGAUGACAGACGUGCCAGCCGCCGUGGAGGUGUGCUCGGCGCUCCAUCAGCGCUACGCCGAGUUCUCGUCGCACAUGAUGGAGAUCUGGCACAAGGUGCUGACCUUCAAGCGCGACGAGAAGGUGGCCAACCCGAGCAAGCUGCGCGUGGACCUGCGGCUCUACGCCGAUCUGGUCUCCGCGUGCGUGCUGCCGAGGAAGGAGGCGCUGCCGCUGCUGGGCUCGGCCCUGCAGGUGCUGGUGGCGCAGGACAAGGCCGGCCACGCCAACGUGAGCGUGCUGCUCAGCUUCUGCCGGCACUCUGGCGACGAGUACGCCGGCCUGACGCCGCGUCGCGUGCGCCAGCUGGCUGAGCAGUACGGCCGCGCGCUACCGCAGAGCAGCUUGCUGCCACCCGAGAAGCAGAAGAACGUGCGCCAGCUGUUCAAGGACUACUACGCUUCGGUGUCGCGGCACCUGGUGAAGGAGCACCAGACGCUCAUCAGUGUGCAGCGAGCCAACCGGCACGCGCUGCAGACCAAGGGCGAGCUGUCGGCCGAACGCCAGGAGCGGCAGCAGCAGGCCGAGGCCAGCUACCGCAAGCUGCUGGUCUCGACUGAGCAAUUGGCCGAGCUGGUGGACGAGCCACUGCCCGAGCUGCCCGAGGACGCCGAGCAGCGGGCCGAGCAGCAGCUGCUAGAAGCGGCCGCGCAGGAGGGCGUGGUGGGCGACCAGCAGCUGAUCUGGGAGGACGACGACCAGCGCAGCUUCUACACCAACCUCAACGACUUGCGCGCCUCCAUCCCGAGCAUCCUCUACAGCGACAGCCAGCAGGCGACCGAGCCGACCGACGAGCCCGAGCCGCCGCCCGAGGAGAUGGACGACCUGCCCGACGAGGUGAGCGACGAGCAUCUGCGCGAGCCCGAGGAGGAGCCGGAGCCAGACACCGCCGUCAACUCGUCCAACAAGCUGUUGCUGGACGCCUUCCUCAACUCGCUGCCGUCGCGCGUCAGCCGCAGCCUUAUCGACCAGGCUGCCGUCGAGUUCUGCAUGAGCCUCAACACCAAGAACAACCGUAAGAAGCUGGUGCGCGUGCUCUUCAACGUGCCGCGCACGCGGCUGGACCUGCUGCCCUUCUACGCGCGCUUGGUGGCCACGCUGCACCCCUGCAUGCCGGACGUGGCCUCCGACCUGGCGCAGAUGCUCAAGGCGGACUUCAAGUAUCACGUGCGCAAGAAAGACCAGAUCAAUAUCGAGACGAAGCUGAAGGUGAUGCGCUUCAUCGGUGAGCUGGUCAAGUUCGGCAUGUACGGACGCAACGAGGCACUGUGGUGCGUGCGAAUGCUGCUCAACGACUUCGCGCACCACCACGUGGAGAUGGCGUGCGCGCUGUUGGAGUGCUGCGGCCGUUUUCUCUACCGCACCGUCGAGACGCACCUCCGCACCAAGGUCUACCUGGAGCAGCUGAUGCGCAAGAAGGCGGCCAUGGCGUUCGACAGCCGCUACGUGACCAUGAUCGACAACAUGUACUACACGGUGCUGCCGCCGGAGGGGGCGGCGCUCAGCGUGCGGAAGGAGCGGCCGCCGCUCCACAACUACAUGCGGAAACUCAUUUACCAGGACCUGGCCAAGAACACGACCGAGAAGGUACUGCGCCAGCUGCGCAAGCUGGACUGGUCGGACACCGAUACGGCUGCCUACUGCAUCCGCUGCCUGUCGUCGGUGUGGCGGAUCAAGUACUAUCACAUCCGCUGCCUGGCCAGCCUGGUGGCCGGGCUCAGCCAGUAUCAGGAGGACGUGGGACCGCACGUGGUGGACAACACGCUCGAGGACAUCCGGCUGGGCAUGGAGUUGAAUGAGGUGCACUUCAACCAGCGGCGCAUCAGCGUGGUGCGCUACCUGGGCGAGCUGUACAACUAUCGCCUGCUGGACACGGCCGUCGUUUUCAAGGUGUUGUUCUCGCUCAUCUCGUUCGGCGUCAGUCUGGAGCCAGAGUCGCCGUCGCCGCUGGACCCACCGGGCAGCGAGAUGCGGCUGCGGCUCGUCUGCGUCGUGCUCGACACGUGCGGCCGCUAUUUCAGCUCUGGCUCAUCCAAGCGUCAGCUAGACCAGUACAUCGUGUACCUGCAGCGCUACUUCUGGACGCGCAAGGCGAUGGCGGAGGCGGCGCUGGCGGCCGGCGCGGACGGCGCCGAACCGUUCCCUGUGCGGCUGGAGUACAUGUACCGGGACACGCUGGCGGCGCUGCGGCCGCGGCUGGCGCUCUGCCGGGACCGCGAGCAGGCGACUGCCGCCGUGGAGCGGCUGGAGCUACCGGCCAUAGUUGAGGAGCCGCCGGCAGCGCCGGCCGGGCCCGGCGGCGAGGAUGGCGACUUCGACGAGCCGGAGGAGGAGAGCCUGUCACAGCAGCUGACGCCACCCGACGACGACGAAGACGAUGACGACGCUGACGUUGACGCCGACGCCGACGCUGACGCCGACGUGGAAGAGGCGGUGGCGCCGCGCGGAACGCAGGACGAGCCCGACGACGAGCUGACGGACGAGCUGGCGGACGAGGUGGAAGAUGGCGACGCGGCUGUCGACGCCGCCGCCGACCUAGCGCCGCAACGCAUCGCCUGCGCCGAGGACGACGACUUCCUUUCGGCCUUCGACAAGAUGAUCUCGGACAGCAUCAUGGAGCGGAGCCGCGAGUCGGUGAAGCCGCAGUUUGAGCUUUCGGCGCCCAUCUCGACCAGCGGCCCGGUGCGUAAGACGUACGGCCAGUUGCGCCAAGAGCAGGAUGACGCCGAGCGACCUCCGCGCAACACCAUCACCUUCUUGCUGCUCCUGCGCCGCGGCAACAAGCAGCAGCACAAGAGCUUAGACGUGCCCGAGGAUUGCGACCUGGCCGUCAGCCUGCGCAGCCACGAGGAGGCGGAGCGCGAGGAACGCGAGCGCGUCAAGCAGCUGACGCUGCACAUCAACGAGCGCCAGGAGGAGGAGGAGAUGCAGGAGCUGCACAACAGCGCGCCGGUCAAGCCACUGAAUCCCAACCGCGAACGGCGGCCCAAAUACCAGCACACCAAGGGGGUGCCCGACGCCGACCUCAUCUUCGGUCCGAAGCGCUCCAAUCUGCGGUGACGGCCCGACGGCCGGCCCCGGCAACAUGAAGAGCUUGACGUCCCAGCGGCGGUCGGCGCCCGCGCGGCCCUCGCGCCGCACCCCGGCCCGGCGCGGCCGGCACACGGCGCCGACGGUGGCGCGCGUGUGGAGCCCACGCGGAGGCGCACGCGGACGGCUGCGGCGCGCGCGCGCGCGUAGCAAGAGCAGCGCGGCGAGCCAGCGCCUGUCACCCGGCGCUCUUUAAGUCGGCCUCGAACGGAACUAGUGCAAAACGCCGCCAGGAUAUCGUACAAAAUGCCAGUGCCCUCCUGAUGGCAUGCCAUUGUGCCUGUGGAAGGCUGCUGAUCAUCUUAUGGCUUUGGAUUGCACGCAAUGGAUACCGUUUUGGCAGCGUUGAUCAUCACUAAGCGCCACAAAUUUGUUCCACGAUGUAAAUCCGCGUUUUGGUUCCAAGGAUCAUCAUUUGGUUUGUCAUGAUUUGGGUUUGGCUUGUUUGAAGAGGGUGAAUCGGCUGCAUAUCACAAGUCACAACAGGUCAGAAGUUUUCACGUUUUGGGUUUCAAGUAAUAAAAGCAUAUCUAAGA